AAUGCCUCUAAAAGCUCUUAACUUUAUUAGUAAAACAAUUCUUGUGGAGAAGGCCAGUCCCAAAGCCAUGAGAAGAGUAACCACUACUCCUAACUAGUAAUAUCAAACUUCCUACAGUAAGUUACUCUGAUAUCAUCUUUAAAUCAUCACCAUUCAAUCUCAUCUGAUAUUGUUUGAAUCCAUUCUGUACCAUGGCUUUGGCACCACCAUAUCAUAUUCUCUGUUUCUUGAUUUCUUUUCUUACGUUGCUCUGCUUCUCCACUGCCCAAACUCAAAGAAACAUAUCAUUAGGCUCAUCACUUACGGCAGUCAACAAUGAUAACUCGUCCUGGGAAUCGCUAUCCGGUGAUUUCGCUUUUGGUUUCCUGAAAAUUGGCAAAGAAGGUUUCCUAAUAGCUAUCUGGUUCAAUAAAAUAGCUGAGAAAACUGUUGUCUGGUCAGCAAAUGGAAAUAAUCUGGUGCAACAAGGAUCCAAAGUUGAGUUGACCAACCUGGGGCUCAUUCUAAGGGACCCAAAGGGUAAUCAGAUAUGGAGUUCCGGAAUUUCAGGAACUGGAGUUGCUUAUGGAGCCAUGCUUGACACAGGCAAUUUUGUCGUGGCAAACCAGAACUCUUCCAAUUUGUGGGAGAGCUUUGACAAUCCAACAGACACGUUAUUGCCGUCGCAGACUCUGUCUCUAAACAUGAAGCUUGUUGCUCGCUACUCAGAAGCGAAUUAUUCGAGAGGGAGAUUCAUGUUUGUGCUGCAAUUGAAUGGAAAUCUAGAGCUUUUCACAAGAGCAUUCCCGCGAGAUGAUGCCAACGCUAAAUCACAUUGGAAUAGCGGCACGGAGGGUAGUGGCUUUCAGGUGAUGUUUAACCAGUCUGGCUCUAUUUACGUUGCAGCAAAGAAUGGAACCGUACUUAACACAUUGGUUUCGCAAUCUGCUUCAACGGAGAAGUUCUAUAAAAGGGCAAUUCUUGAAUAUGAUGGAGUUUUCAGGCAGUAUGUCUACCCGAAGAGCAAUAGUAAGGGUUGGAAUAUGGCCUGGUCCCCAUCUUCAACAAGCAUACCUUCAAAUAUCUGUACUAUUUCGGAAGAGAUAGGUGGUGGAGCUUGCGGUUUCAACAGCUACUGCAGCCUGGGAAAUGACCAAAGGCGAUAUUGCUCUUGCCCUGAUGGUUACACCUUCAUUGAUCCGAAUGAUGAGAUGGGAGGAUGCAAAGCGACUUUCGAAGCUCAAAGUUGCGAUGAAGGUUUGGGAGAUGCUGAUCAUUUUGAUUUUUAUAGCAUGGAUCACACAAACUGGCCUUUUUCUGAUUACGAGCAUUUUCCAUCGGUGAGCGAGGAUUGGUGCAGGAAAGCUUGCCUGAGUGAUUGCUUUUGCGCCCUUGCAAUCGUUAAUGAUGGUGGUGGUUGCUGGAAGAAGAGAAGUCCUUUCUCAAAUGGGGUGAUGGAUUACAGUGUUGGUGCGAAAGCUCUAAUCAAGAUAAGAAAAGAUAAUUCUACUUCCAAGCUUGGAUCCAGAGACUCGAAAAAGAAAGAUUAUUGGACACUUGUACUUAUUGAAUCAGUUCUUUUGAGUGUCUCAGCUUUUGUUAAUGUGCUACUGCUAGCAGCCUUUGUAGUUCUUUUCCACAUCAGACGAAAGAAAUCAAAGGUAACUACACCAAAUCAAUUCAAACCAGGAAUGAAUUUGCAAACCUUCACUUAUGUGGAACUAGAAAAAGCUACUGAUGGAUUCAAGGAACAACUAGGAAGUGGCGCUUUCAGCACUGUUUUCAAAGGUGCUCUGACUUUAGACAAGAAAACUUUGGUUGCUGUCAAGAAGCUAGACAAUAUGGUGCAAGAAGGUGAGAAGGAAUUCGAAGCAGAAGUAAUUGCUAUCUGCCGUACAAAUCAUAAGAACUUGGUGCAGCUAAUUGGGUUCUGCAAUGAGGGGCAACACCGAAUUCUUGUGUACGAAUUUAUGAGUAAUGGAUCCCUAGGAAACUUUCUUUUUGGAUCUUCAAAGCCAAGCUGGUACCAAAGAAUGCAAAUUGCCUUGGGAAUUGCAAGGGGCCUAUUUUAUUUGCAGGAAGAGUGUAGCAUGCAAAUCAUCCAUUGCGAUAUCAAGCCUCACAACAUCCUUCUAGAUGAUUCUUACACAGCAAGAAUUUCAGAUUUUGGAUUAGCGAAGAUUUUGAAGAUCGACCAGACUCGAACUGUGACCGGAAUAAGAGGGACCAAAGGAUAUGUAGCUCCUGAAUGGUUUAGAAACAUGCCUGUUACAGUCAAGGUGGAUGUGUACAGCUACGGCAUUCUGCUGUUGGAGCUCAUUUGCUGCAGAAGGAAUGUUGAACAAGAGAUUGAGGAUGACGCACAAAUGAUAUUAGCUGAUUGGGCAUAUGAUUGCUAUGCGUGUCGGAAAUUGGAUUUCUUGGUGGAGGAUGAUGACGAGGCAAUGGAGGACUUGAAGAGGGUGGAGAAGUAUGUAAUGGUUGCAAUAUGGUGCAUCCAAGAGGAUCCAUCACUGAGACCCUCAAUGAAGAAAGUUGUUCAGAUGCUUGAAGGAACCGUUGAAGUUUCAGUUCCCCCAAACCCAACUUCAUUGAUCAGUUCCUUAUAGAUAUCCAUAUCUAUAUCGCCUUUGAUCACGUGUGUUUCUUUCUUUUUAUGAAUGUUUAUUUGAAUUG